AAUUGACAACGUCAGUGUCAUUUACCAACAACGCUUGUGAGUCGCAUGUGAAGAAUCAAUUUAUAUUUUAAAACAAACCUUAAUACGUUAAAAAACGAUAUGUUACGACGGCAGGCGCGUUUGCGCCGAGAAUACUUGUAUAGGAAAUCAGUGGAAGAUAAACAAAAGAGUAUUCAAGCGAAAAAGGAUCAGUUGAAAAAAAGUUUGGAAGAAAACAUUCCGAUACAUGGUGAUUUACGUAAAGAAGCGCUCGCUCUGCAGAAAAGACUAGAAUAUGAGGAUAAAGGUCCAGAAAGAGCAGCAGUCAUUGGUGGUAUCAGUGGGGGAGCAAACACACUCAAUUCACAAGAUGACGAGUAUAGAUUUGCGGGUGUUGAAGACCCUAAGAUCAUGAUAACUACGUCCAGAGAGCCCAGCGCUAGGCUGAAGAUGUUUGUUAAGGAGCUCAGGUUGAUAUUUCCGAACAGUCAGCGUAUGAACCGCGGUGGUUAUGAAAUGUCUCAGCUUAUUCAUGCGUGUCGAGCGAAUGACGUCACAGACUUCAUCAUUGUACAUGAAACAAGAGGUGUACCGGAUAGUUUGGUAAUCUGUCACUUGCCAUACGGUCCGACGGCGUCGUUCACCCUCUCCGGCGUGGUGAUGCGACACGACAUACCGGACAUCGGACCCAUGAGCGAACAAUAUCCGCAUCUUAUAUUCCACAACUUCAAAACUGACCUCGGUUUAAGAACAAUGAGCAUUUUGAAAUAUCUGUUUCCCGUUCCAAAAGCUGAAUCCAAGAGAGUGAUCACGUUUGCCAACAAUGAUGACUACAUCUGUUUCAGACAACACACAUACAAAAAGGCCGGUAAAGAUAUAGAAUUAACAGAAAUAGGCCCGAGGUUCCAAAUGAAGCUGUAUGAAAUAAAGCUGGGCACCCUGGAAGCCCUGAACGCAGCCAACACUGAGUGGGCUCUCCGUCCUUACAUGAACACAGCCACUAAGAGGAGAUUCCUGAGCAACGAGGACGGCUGGCAGGAAGAAGAAUAAAUAUUUUCUAAA